GUACAUUCUGGCCAACAUAUUAAUAAGCAAAUAUUGGAUAAACGAACGUUUCUGAUUGGUUCUUAGAAUCCAGUCAUCUCGUUUUGACAGAAUUGGUCAGACGUAUUUACUCAAUAAUUUGAGCUUGGCCUACAAACAUUUGUGAUGUCUUGGACAAAUGAUGUUGUAUUGGAGUUCUUGAACCACUAUCGAACAGAACAACUUUUAUGGGACCCAAAACACCCUCUGCACAGAAACAGGAACGAGGUUAAUGAUGCAUGGCGUCGAAUCCAAAAUAAUCUUAGCAUAACUUCUUCCAUAAUAGAUUUGAAAAAGAAAAAAGAAUCUUUAAUGACAUCGUUUAGACUACACUUAAAUAGAAAAAAGAAAUCGCCGAACGAGUACCGUAUAACGUGGUUCGCAUAUCCGCUUAUGGAAAGUUUCUUAGGCGGGAAAUAUGAAUGUGAUAGUUCAAUUCAGAUGGAUCACGAGUACGAAUCAAAUAGCAAUUAUAAUGCAACGUACAAUACAAGACAAGCGAGUACGACCCACAAUCAAACAAACAAUUCAAGUACUAACCUAAAAACCGAAAGACAAAGUUCCAAUAAACGACAAAGUAGACCAUCGAGUUCAAAAAACCAAUUAAAUAAUGAAUAUAUUAUAUAUGCGAAAAAUGAAUUAGAAGAUGGAAGUGAUUAUUUAAAAAAUAUUCCUGAUUUCAAAAAAGAUAAGGACGAGUACGAUUUAUACGGGCAACUUCUAGCUAAAAAGUUAAGAAAGUUAGAUGAACGUCAACGCGACAUCGCCAUGCACGAAAUUGAUAAUAUAAUGUUCAAUGCCAAAAUGCAAAGUCAAUCAGCACCAACCAGAAGUUUUUCAUCAUCGCCGCCUCCAGUUAACAGAAAAAUUAAAUCUCCGAUGUUCAUUGUGCAGCAACAUUUCGAAGAAGACAAUAUUACAUACACGGAGGCCUAAAUAAUUAAAUUAUUGCUCAGUCUCAAUCACCUAGCGCUUAGGACUGUUUUGUAGAGCCAACUAUUAAAUAAACUUAGUUUUUUAACUUAAUUAUAAAUAGGAGAAUUUAAGAAGGACUGAUGAAAACAUGAAAGAAAUUGUGCCAUGUAGAUAAUAUAAUAAAGUAUUUAUGUUU